AUGGCCGGCAUGUUUGAGAACGAAAAGGUCGACAACACGGACUCGUCUGAGCCUUCGAUCGAACGCAGAGUCGACAACUCCGAAGUCCCAACCCGUAAGAAGGAGGGAGGUAACGGAUACGGCGGCGAUGGCGACAAGAUCAUCUUGACAGAAGAUGACUGCUACGAAGAGCUCGGCUUCUGCUUCCCAACCUGGAAGAAAUGGAUGAUUCUCAGUGUCAUCUUCAUCGUUCAGGUCUCGAUGAACUUCAACACCAGUCUUUACAGCAACGCCAUUACCGGUAUGACAGAGGAAUUCAACAUCAGUGCUCAGGCUGCUCGUUGUGGUGCUAUGAUCUUCCUUGUCCUUUACGCCUUUGGUUGUGAACUUUGGGCACCCUGGUCCGAGGAGCUUGGAAGAUGGCCCAUUCUCCAGCUCAGUUUGUUCCUCGUCAACAUCUGGCAGCUUCCUGUCGCUCUCGCACACAACUUCGGAACCGUUAUGGCUGGUCGUGCCCUUGGUGGUUUGUCUUCUGCCGGUGGUUCGGUCACUCUUGGUAUGGUUGCCGAUAUGUGGGAGGCCGACGAACAGCAGUAUGCUGUCGCUUUCAUCGUCUUCUCCUCGGUUGGCGGUUCCGUCCUUGGUCCUGUCGUCGGUGGAUUUGUUGAGCAAUACGCUCAAUGCUGCAUGUUGAACAAGAUCGCCAAGAGACGUCGCAAGGCUGGUGAGACCAACGUCUAUGGUCCCACCGAGUUGAUUCCCUGGAAAGACCGCUUCUCUGCCAAGGAGAUCAUUCAGACAUGGAUCCGACCUUUCAAGAUGUUCUUGACUGAGCCUAUCGUCCUUACACUCUCACUUCUCUCUGGUUUCAGUGACGCCCUGAUCUUCAUGUUCUUGCAGUCAUACGCUCUCGUCUACGACCAGUGGGGCUUCUCUGCCUAUCAAGUUGGUCUUGCCUUCUUGCCUCUUCUUAUUGGAUACUUCAUCGCCUGGUUCUCCUUCUUCCCUGCCAUUGCUCGCAACAAGAAGCAACGCCGCGAUCAUCCCAACGAUGAGCACGCUCAGUACGAAUCGCGUCUUUGGUGGUUGCUCUACACUGUACCCUGCCUCCCCAUUGGUUUGUUCGGCUUCGCAUGGACCAGUGGAGGACCUCCGAUUCACUGGAUUGGCUCCAUGAUUUUCAGUGCCAUCAUCGGUAUUGCCAACUACGCAAUCUACAUGGCCACCAUCGACUACAUGAUUUGCGCCUACGGUCCUUACUCAGCAUCUGCCACUGGUGGUAACGGCUGGUCUCGUGACUUCCUUGCUGGUGUGCUGACUGUCCCUGCCACUCCUUUCUACACCAACAUUGGUGGCAAGGAUCACUUGCAGUACGCUUCUACCAUCCUGGCUUGUAUCGCCUGUCUCCUCGUCGUCUCGGUCUAUGUCAUCUACUGGAAGGGGCCAGUGCUCCGCAAGCGUUCGCCCUUCGCCCAGCAGCUGUCUUCUGCUCGUGAGGAGCAUGGUGGAAGAAGAGCUUCGGCCAUCUACGGCCCUAGCAGAAACAACUCGAUGGCUGGAGCUUCGGUCAAGUCGAGUGCGUCCAACAGACAGUCUGUCUAG